AUGUCCAAGGAUUACUAUGUUUUAGAUGGUUUGCUGCCAUUCAUCCAUGCUGAACUGACAAGGAACUACAUUCUGGAGAAUGAUGAAGAGCGCUUUGAAGAGAAAAGGAAGAAGAUGUACACUUUCAUGAAAAUCCCUCGAGAAGUUGAGAAGUUUAUGGGAUAUGGAUUCUUUCAGUGUGCUGAUGCCUUCCUAUUUAUAUUCACCUUCCUACCUAUCAGAUUUCUUCUGGCUCUGAAGAAUCUGCUCUGCUGGCCCCUAUAUCUCCUCAAAGAGAAGAAGCAUGCAUGGUCACUUCAUCCUGCUGAAGUCUGUGAUCUCCUCAAAGCCCUUAUCCUCAUUAUCUGUUGGAGGUUGAUGAUGAUGAUUGAUACCUCGAUGCUUUAUCAUCUUGUCAAGAGUCAGUCUGUGAUCAAACUGUACAUUAUCUUCAACAUGCUGGAAGUGGGAGACCGUCUCUUCUCAUCAUUUGGACAAGAUAGCAUUGAUGCUUUGCUCUGGACAGCCACUGAACCAAGGGGUCAUGGAAGAGACCACUUGGGUGUGCUAUCACACCUCUUCCUUGCAUCUCUCUAUUUUGUGGAGUUGAAGAGUUGUGUUUUCAAAAAGUUUGACAAGGGUAACCUCUUUCAAGUAUCAUGCAGUGAUGUUAGAGAGAGAUUUCAUUACUGCAUCCUCCUCCUCCUUGUCAUGCUCCUCACCAUGAAGGAGUACUCCUGGAAAGAGGAACGCUUCUGGGAGCUCUGUCCAGAUUGUCUCCUGGUUCUUCUCUCAGAGUUCUUGAUUGACUGGUUGAAGCAUGCCUUUAUAACAAGAUUCAAUGAGAUUCCUGCUGAAGUAUAUUCUGAGUACACUGUCAACCUUGCAUAUGAUCUUGCUUCUACAAAGAUGAAGAAGGCAUUCUCAGAUCAUUCAGAUUUGGUGGCCAGGCGCAUGGGUUUCAUCCCUCUACCACUCAGUGUUCUGGUGAUGAAAGUCCUGAGCCAAUCCAUCUCAUUAUCUUCUCCUGCAUCAAUUCUGCUUGGCAUCCUCGUUUAUCUAUCCCUGUUUUCAUUCCGGAUACUCAACAGUAUUGUCAUUUUGGGGAAAGCUGGUGAUUUGAUAGAUCAACACAAGAGAAAGCUGAGUCUGCAGGAGGAAUCAAAGCUUGUCAUCCCUCGUUAUCUGUUUGCUCGAUAUGGGAGCGAGGGAUACUCCACAGCUUCUGAAGCUGAGUCCUGGACUCCACUAUCCUGGAAGAUUGGGGGAAGGAUGAGGACUGCAUCAGAGUCCCAGGUCAUUGAUUCCAAAUUGCAGGCUGGAAUCAGCCAAGGUCUGUCUUCUUUAAGGAAGACUCUUUUGAGGAAGUUUCAUGAAGAAUAUCAUGAAUCUCAUGAGAAGAGUGAGCACAGUAGUGAUAAUUCUCCUGAUGAAUAUCAUAUAGAGCCUACUAGCCAUAGUAGAGAAGAAUUAGAAAGUGUCCCAAAGGGAAAUGUUAACAGACAUGCAAGCAAUGAUUGGGCCAAAGGAAGUGCCCCAUCUUACACAUCUGGUGAUGAACAGCCUCAUGGCGAGAAAGCAGAGCCUUCAGAAGGUGUACACAGGGGAAACCUUAAUGAUCAAGUCAAAGAGAAUGGAGCUGAAGAAAGUGCAAGUGCCCCAUGUUGCAUACCUAGCGACGAACUCCCAGAUGGCGAGGAGGCAAGGCCAUCAGACAGUCUCCACAUUGGAGACUCCAUUAUGUAUACCAAACUGUAAUGCUGUGUCUAGGCAGAGUGAUAUUCAUCUUUUUGACCAUCAAUUUGUGGUUGAUCUCUCCGUGUUCUUGUUUGUCACAAUUUUGGUGAAUCUUGUGGGGGAAAUCUGAACUUCCCUUCUUUGGUUCAUUUCAUUUUACUCUCUAAAAGACCUGUUUCCCUCUCACUUCUGGGUAUUCAUGGUUGUGAUCACAAGGAAUAUAGACUUGUUUGCUGUUCCACUCACUCUGUGUUGGUAUUUCAUGACCUAAACUUUAUAUUUAUAACAUCCAAGA